CGUUAUUAAAAAUGGCUGAGAUAUAAACGAAUUAUCAGAUAAUGCGUUAGUAAAGAUUUCACGAUAAAUAUCCUCUAAGAAAUUUUUUAUUUUUAUUAUUUUAAAUGCAUUUUAUAUAAUUAAAAUGACUCGUCUACAGGAAAAACUGUUAUCGUGCGAAUGUCGAAAAACAAAAAGGAAGCAAAGCGACUUAGUCACCACAUCAAAAGUGUACCAAACUAGGUCGGAACAUUUACGAAGACGCGGAAAGUUAUUUAACAAAGAUAAAAUACGUCGACGCUUGAAUUCUUAUAAUAGCUUUGCCAAAUUUCAAAGAAAUGGUUUUUAUCACAAGAUGGAAACAUCUAUUAUAAUACAAGUACCUCAUAAAGAAAGAAAAUUUAUGUUAAAUGAUGUUUUACCUUCAACAAAAUUCGUAGGAGAUAAUGUAGUUGGACCAAACACCCGAACAUUAAUCGAAAACACUUUAGAUAAUUUUUUGUCUUCUGAGAUAAAAAAGAGUAAAGUGCAGACAAACUUUUUAAAAACAAACUCAAAUUUAAAAGAACUUUCUCCUCGUUCAAAAAACAUUGUAUCUAAUGAUUUUUUUUCUCCUUAUAAUGGGGAAAAGACAAAUUGUGAUUUCGAAAAUGAUGUAUUCAAAUCGGUUCUGAAGAGUGUUAAUAUUGAGGGAAAAAAUGAAAAUUUUGAUAAAUCAAAAAAAAUAAUAACUGAUGAGAUAUUAAAAUGUGAACUUUUUCAGACUGAUGCAACUGAUUUUAAAAUAGAAGGUGUUCUACAAAAUUUUAAAAAUGAUCAUAUAAGAGAAAACUUAAAAAGUGAAAACCAAAAAUCUGAAUUUGUAAUGCAUUUACAUUCACAUGAAGAACCAAAAAUAUUAGAGUUAGAAAAAAAAAAUAAAGGAGUAAACAGAGAUUUAAAGAGGAAACUAAAAUGUGAUGAAAAACUUCAAUAUAAUGGUAACUUAGAAACUAGCAUAACUGAUGGUGUUAAUUUACUUAAAAAAAAACGUGGUAGGAAGCCGAAACAGCGUGGUCCAUUUCUGCAUUACUUGGAUAUUUAUGUUAAAAAUAAAGCAAAAUAUACAAACAAUGAUUACCUUAAAAAUAUGUCAUAUAAAAAAUCAACUGAUUUGAACAUGGAAUAUCAACUAAAUAAAAAUUUUUUAGUUGAACCACAAACACAGUUGUCUUUAAAAAAUCUUAAACCGCAUGAAGAUGAGGGAAAAGAACUGCAAAAAAAGAAUUGUUGUCAUACUUUUGAAAAAAAAAAUCAAGUGCAACUUAGUAAUGAAAAUUAUUUAUUAGAUGAUAGUAACAAAAUUUUAUGUAAUAUCACUACUUCAUUUAUUGAUGAAAAUAAACUUCAAAUUAAAAGAAAACGAGGUCGACCUAAAGUGAUAAAAAAUAAUAUUAGUGAAGAUAAGUGUUCUUUUUAUGUUGAUAAAACAGUUGAUUGCAUUUUAGGUUAUCGCAAUGGUAAAAAUUCUACAGAAGUUUUAGUUUUAUUUAGAAAUGGUACUAGUAAUUGGGUAGAGGAGGGUGAUCUUUCAAAAGAUUUUACCCUUAAGAAUUUUUUUCAAAAUCAAAAUCAAAAUUUUUCAGUUAUGAAUAGAUUACCUUAUAAAAUUCAUGCGACUGGGAACAAUAGAAUAGAAAAGCAGAUUGAAGUAAAAGAGAGACUGGAUGUUGAAAUAAAUAAAAGUAUGGAUAUUGAAAUAAAAGAAAAGUGCUUAAAUCUGAAUAUGACACUUAAAAGUCAAUAUUUAAAUUCAGAAUCAACUAACUGUAUUAAUGAAAAAAGUCAUAUAAAUGCUAAUAUUGAUUUUUCUGAUUCCAUUUAUCUAAAUGCAAUUAAUGCACCAAAUUUGACAAAUAAAACUUUGCAUGAACUACAAUCUUUGAUAAUUCCUCCAAAUAAAACAAAUAUUCAAAAUAAUACAUUCGACCAAGUGAGUACACUAGAAAAAGCAAUUUCUAUUGUUGAACUAAAUGAUUUGUGCAAACAUGUCAUAUCUUCUGAUCAUAUUAAGCUUUAUCCUUAUGAACUCAAAAGACCUAUUGUUUCAAAGUUUGAUGGUGAUUUUAUGCAUAUUUAUUUAAAACAUAUACCUAUUACACUUCCAGCUGUGUUAAAAGAAUUAAAUGAUGGUUUAGAUCUACAAUCAUGCUCAGUUCUUAUAAACUUGUUAGAGGAUUGUGAAGUCUCUGAGAAGUGUCAAGUAGUUGUAAUUAGCGGCAUAGAUGAAUUUUUUGGUCACACUCGAAUAUUAGAAAAAUUAAUUAAAAAUCCAGCAUCAAUUGAAUUAAAAUCCUACCAAGAAGAUGUAUCAAUGUUACGCUACUUGAUUCAAACCAUACGUAACUUCAGUAAGCCAAUUGUUGCAGUUAUAAAAAAACCUGUGUCUGGCUUGUCAGCAUCAUUAAUAUCAUUGUUUGACAUGGUUUUUGAUGAGCACUGUGAAUGCGUUGAUCAUAAAGAUAAUAAAUCUAAUAGCAUCAAUUUUUUGAGCAAUUCAAAUGAGAGGGAAUCCAAGGAGUGUAAAAACUUUGUUUUUCCAAGGGUCAUUGGAUUGACUCAUAAUAAUGAAGCACAAAUCAUGGGAAAUCACCCUAGACAAACAAGUAAUGACUUUAACAUUUUUGAUAUCAGCAUGUUUAGUUGUAAAAAUUUAUCAAACCAACUAAGGACUAGUGUACAGCAUAUGUGUAACAAUGGUGAAGCUAAUUUUAGAAAUGAAGUUUGUUUAAAUGAAUCUUUCACUUCUGAUAUUAUAAAUAAACAUUUAACAACUCCUGAUGUUAUAGAUCAUUCUGAACAAACAGUGGACAUCGAGAACUUAAAGCAUAGGUUAAAUAUAGAAAAAGAAAAAUACCAAACUGAUCUCCGGAUAUAUCUUGAUUCUUUAAAGUUCUCGUAGCCUUUUUAAUGCAUAUCAUUGUGACUUGUCAUUUAUAAAUUUGUUUAUAUUGACAAAAAUAAACAUGUCAAAGUAUUUA